ACGGAAUGGUGGCCCUCAAUCUAAUGCAUACAAUAGAUGUGUCCACCUCCUCUCUACAAGCCAUUGCCUUUGUUUUCUCACCCUCCUCUCUCAUCUUUUUGGACUCAAAACCUCUCUUCCCUCUUGACUCAGUGGCAGCUCAACCACUCUACUCAAGUUUUUGGAAUUUGGAUCUUUCAAUUCUUCUAGGUUCUGGGAUUUGGAUCUCUCGAAUCAAAUGGAUGAACACCUUAGUGAUGGUGAGGAUGGGGAAAUGAUAGAGAGUUCUAAUGGAAAAGAGUUAGUUGCACAUGAAGGAAAUUCUGAGAUGGAGCCUCAUGUAGGCAUGGAGUUUGAAUCUGAAGAGGCUGCCAAGGUGUUCUAUGAUACAUAUGCCACACAUUUGGGCUUCAUCAUGCGUGUGGAUGCAUUCCGCCGAUCAAUGCGUGAUGGGAAGGUUGUUUGGCGUCGUCUUGUAUGUAAUAAAGAGGGUUUCCGGAAGUUGAGGCCCAGAAGGAGUGAAAAUAGGAAGCCCAGAGCAAUUACAAGGGAAGGGUGUAAAGCAAUGAUAGUGGUGAAGAAAGAGAAGACAGGAAAAUGGGUUGUCACAAGAUUUGUGAAGGAGCAUAAUCACCAGCUGGUAGCCACACCUGCCAACAGUCGUCGAACUGUGCUUCUAUCUCAGACACCGGAUGAAAAAGACAUAAAGAUUCGAGAGUUGACCGCCGAAUUACAGCGUGAGAGAAAGCGAUGUGCAGCUUUUCAAGAACAGCUUGACAUGGUCUUGAGAGACAUGGAGGAGCACUCCAAUCACUUGUCAAGAAACAUCGACGGCAUAGUUCAGAGUGUGAGAGAAAUCGAAUCAAAGAAGAUAGUCCAUUCACAGUCAAAAUAGUCCCCAUGAGAUUGUUCAGUUUCUUCUCCCUUUGUACAAUUGCAUUGGUGUGUCCAUUGUUUUCCCUCCAGACUGUAAAUUUUUCUUGUAGUCGAGUUCAAUUUCCCUGUAUUUUGUAUAAAGAAAAAAAAAAAGGAAAAGGAUGGUUCGACUUCAUUGAGGUGUUGUAGACUUUUAGGCAUGGUUUUCAGAUCAUCUCAAGAGAGUAUAGAAGGAAAAAAGAGAACUGAUGGUUUAGGAAUAUGAGAAUCUUCUUUUUUCCCUAUGCAUUCCAUGAUUUCAGGGACAAGACUUUGUAUUGAGUUUGAUGAUAUUUUUGAUCGUUUUUUCGGUUUCCCCAGCGAGAAAAUAUCAAAUCAGAAAAGUUUGUUAGGAAAAUGCAACUGAAUUUGUUUGUA